AAAAAAAAUUCCUCUGGACCACCUUGCGUUGAAGCUUAAGAUCAUACGUAGUAUACACUUGACCCGACCUGAGAGAGUGGAUCAUUCUCGGUCUCCAGUAUGGCAAAAUUCCAGUACGGGCAGUUUAUGCUCUUCGGUGACUCAAUUACGGAGUACUCGAGUGUCGAGGAGCAUGGCCUCACACCAGCUCUCCAGAAGGCCUACAUUCGACGCUUGGACAUCGUGAACAGGGGGUUUGACGGCUACAAUACACGCCAGGCUCUCCAGGUUCUGCCCCAUAUAAUUCCGUCUCCAGAACAGGCCAAACUGCGUCUUCUGACCAUCGGCUUCGGCGCGAACGACGCGACCUCCCCCGAGGCCAACAACGACUUCCACGUCCCUCUUGCUCAAUACAAGGAAAACCUCCAAUCGAUCUUGUCGCACCCUUCCAUAGCGGCUCAGAGCUGCAGGGUUCUCCUCAUCACGCCUCCGCCGAUCGAUGAGUAUCAGCAUGAGACCAAGGACAGGAUGGCAGGACAGCCGGGCUUGACGCGGUUUUCGCAAUCCGCCAAGGACUAUGCAGAUGCCUGCCGCCAGGUCGGCGAGACGAUGCAUGUGCCGGUUUUUGACCUCUGGGGCUGCUUGAUGCGGCGCGCAGGGUGGUCCGACGGAGGGGAGUUGGCCGGUGCAAAGGAUGCGCCGAGGAGCGAUGUUCUCGGCCAACUGUUGUCCGACGGAGUUCAUUUCACGUCUCAGGGGUAUCAAGUGUUUUACGAGAACUUGAUGGACUUUGUAUCGAGGACGUAUCCUGAUCUCAAGCCGGAGAAUAUGCCGUUCGUCUUCCCGACCUGUGACGAGUUCACCGGCGAGCUUGAAAAAUAACAAGUCCCAAUUCUGGUUUUGGAAAUAGAGAAGAACCCCGCGUGUUGCUCCAAUGUCAAAACAUCCAGCAGCAUUUUAUAUGUCUCUGGGUACAACUUCAUGAUUACAACUUUGGGACAUGACCGGCAGAAGCUCAGCAGAAAUUUCAAGCAGUUUGCUCGGAGUUAAUGAAUCAGUUGCGUCAGUUCGUCAAUUCAUAAUGCAAUACAUCGCUUUAGAUACAACAAAGAAAAC